AUGAAUUCAAACAGGGUUACAAGCGAUGAUGAUGACAUAUCUCUCAUAUCUACGUGUGCUAGCGAGCCCCAGGAUGAAUAUGAAGUGGAAACUAUUCUUGCCCAGAAAGACUUUUCCACUGGAAAAGCUUAUUUGGUAAAGUGGGCUGACUAUCCGCUGGAGAGAGCAACAUGGGAGCCCAAGGACUCCUUCUGCGAUCCUACAACCUUGACAGAAUGGAGACAGAAAAUUUCUCGCGGGGAACAUGAGUCUUUCGAUGUUGAUGCACUGGCGCGGAGAAUCAAAGAAAUUGAAGAAGCAAAGAUUGACAGACACCGGAGACGUCGAGCGAAACGGAUUCGCCUAGGUAUUCCGGUGUCGCCUUCAACAGUCAGUUCAGGCCCAGAUAGCGACGACAGUGGCUCCGACCUUGAUGGCUUCAUCGUUGACGAUAACGUUGAUGUCUUGCGGAAGAAGAGAAAUCGCGUGUCCAGCAAUACAAAACACACAGGCAACGAAGCAGUACUGCCAUCCCGGUCCAGGAGUUCCCCAGCUAAACCAUGUGCAAAGGAUCACACCUCAGAAUCUUUGCCACCGCCAUCUACUAAAACACCGAGCAAGAAGAGUAGUAGUGAUGUGUGCCCCACGACCAGGCCUGCAGCAGCAAAUCACUCUUCUCUGGGAUCCCCAGAAGUCAAAAAGCCUAAACCCUCAAAUACCCUUCAAAGAGCUUCUUCCCAGAGCAAGACACGAGCGAUUUUGAAAUUGCAGACGUCAACAUCCACUGACCCUCCGCAUUACCCCUUGCCGCCUCAAGAUCAGUCUGAAGCACCCGCCACGAGCGAUGCUAGAAACAUGAACUCUCAGCUUCCAGGGUCAUCUAUUUCCACAAGACCACUAAGUGAAAUUGCUUCCAUUCGUGCUAAAAAGAAAAAGUCAUCGAAGCUAAACCUGUUUCGCAACUUGUCAACUAAAAACAGAUACGACAAGGCCAUGCACCGGGAUUUAACCCCAGAUAUCAGGCAACUGGAUUUAAGAACACCAGGUAAAUGGACGCCAUUGCAAAAGCCCAAAGGCCCCGCUCCAGACUCGCCAUUUCCAAUCGGCACGUAUCGCAAUUUGGAAAGCUUGUUCGUCGAACAAGAUAUCUCUCACCAUGACUCUAACGAUCGCCAUAGUUUACAAAAUAGCCCAACCACAGUGGAUGGUUUGGUCGAGGGGAAAACUAUGAACCUUCCCCGUUCAAAAUACCAUGCCUCUGAUCAACCAUCACCAAGAUUGUCUCUCGACGGCUUCCCCGAUAGUUACACAUCUGCUGCGCACAUUGACUCUCAUGCAUUCUCUCCAAAUCAAGAAAUGUCCAUAAAAUCAAGUAAUAAGGCCGCAAAGAAAGGUAUAAGAGCUAACGGCCGCUUCUUCCAUUCAACAGAAGCACUUGUCCGUCUCCGGUUCGGACCAGAGGGUAAGGAGAUAGGCGAUGUCAGGAUAGGUGGCUUGACUAAAACGACAAUUUGGCAGCUGGUGCUUCUAAAAUCAAAGCAGAAGAUCGACAUACACUUUAAAGACGUAUGUAACAUCGACGAAUACAGACAACUGUGUCACAGGAGACAAAACCUUAUGUUCUGCAGUAGUUGGGUGCUUGGCUUCGACGAUACUUCCCCUGCCGUUAAUGAAAUGGCCAAUUAUUUGAGAGACAAUAGAUUGGCCGCUUUAUGGUAUCACCCUGAUGAAAAUAUCUCUUCAGUUAUGGUCGCAUUUGCAUUGGAUUCGCCGGAGUGGAGUUUCCUCAACCAAACGUCUGACCAUCCAUCUGCAAAACUCCGAAUUGCAGUGAGAAGCGCCCUGGCUCCAAUGAGUAGUAUCCAACGUACCCACGCUCUGAAAGCGACCUCUGACGGCAUCGAACGUAAUGCCGGCUAUGAGGACAGCCUAAUGCUCAUGGACUCUGAGCCGACAAAGGAGAUGGGUAAAAGAGAUAUUCCAAUUCCACCUUCAAUACCUUUGUCGGUCAUAAAAGGGCCCACCGAUAUCAAGUCAACAUUUCGAGAACGUUUUGGUAUCACCUAUGAUGAGCUCAGCAUAGUGAAUACGUCUCACAAGAAGCGUACUGCCCGUUCCUUCUACCUACAUUUUCCGGAUGAGGUUGAAGAUGAAUUUCAGCUUGUCUUAUACUUUCUAAAGCAACACGAUAUGGUUGUGUUUUCUAACCGAAUCGAGGGAGACUGGGAGAAAUUUGUCAAGACUGCAACGACCGGCACUGUUCUGUUCCAUGAAAAAUUCAUACAUUAUGAUAGCAUGCCUGAGUUUUCUAAACUUCUGCGAAAUCCUAUAAAUGUGUUCAACAUCUCUCUUACAGAGCCUAUCAGAAACCUUCACGGUGCCAGUCACCUUGAAAGACUUUUUCCACAUGGGGGAAUCAUUCUAAUAACUGAAGAUUUCAUACUGAAGCACCCAAAAAUCUCCUUGGAUAUUCUGCGAUGGUUCGGACACUUUAUCGAGAAAAAGUUCCCAGGGACAUGGAAGAUGUUUCUUAGACCCAAAGUGCAGGUUUGGUUGCUUGAUCUUUGCAAAAGUUGGCCAGACGAUAUACUAUGGCAGAUAUACUAUAAGAUCAAUAGCCUCAUCCCAAAAUACCCUGAAGGACAUUAUAACACCUACCGGCGUGAGGGCUCUCCGGACUCGCUAGAUGGUCUAACAGAUGACGAGGGACAACAUCAUCCUUUCAUAUCCACGCGCGAAAUCCCGGAUUACGGCUCGCGCCGGGAAGAUGACCACCCGGAUAUUCCCAGGGGAUUAGUCCAAGCGGAGAGAGAUACAGAUCAUCUCGUCGAAUAUUUUGCCGGCCAUGCGCUGAUCCAUGCGGAAAAGUUCCGACGAUUUAUAGUGCUUACCACACAUAAGCCUCAGCCGCGAUGGCGAGCAUGGACUCACCUCGAGAUCAUGGACUAUCAAGAAUUCAGCAAAUCCUUUAUGUCCUCCCACAUUCCCAGCGGUAGCAAAACCAGGAAAUCGUCCUCCGACUCACGUUCUGAGUACCAUUCCACGUUUGGCUCGGGACAGGGUGGGGACCGCGAUGCGGCUAGUAGUAAAUACUCGACUCAGUCACAACGGACGGUAUUGCAGUCGCCGGCAUCACCGCAUCGAGAUCCGCGACAACAUAAGUAUCCUGUGGUACCUCCACCAUGA